AUGCAAAGUCCUGGAGAUAGUCACCUAAAAGCAGCAGCACAUGUGUUGGGAUACUUGAAAGGGAAUUUAUCUCUAGGCACAUUUCUAUCCAACAGUAGAGAUUACAGAGUAAGAGCCUUUUGUGACUCUGAUUGGGCUGCUUGCCCUGAAACUAGGAUGUCUGUCAGUGGUUACAUAAUAUUGCUUGGUGACAGCCGCAUCAGUUGGAAAUCUAAGAAGCAAUCUACCAUUUCCUUGUCAUCAGCAGAAGCUGUGCACCAAGCAGCACUUCACAUUGCAAAGAAUCCAGUCUUCCAUGAGCGGACCAAACACAUAGAAGUGGACUGUCAUUUUUGGGUGUUUUCCCUUUCCUCCAUUGGAGCUCAAUCUGAGCUCGAUCACAUUGUUAAUCCUCAAUAUUUUGUCAAGGGUGUUGCAAUCUUUGUUUGA